AUUUAAAUGUUUUGCCACUUAUCUAAUGAGCUCGUUAUAAAUUCAUUACGAGACUUCUUAUCGCCAUUUAUUGGACUUCAUAUCAAAACAAAGACGUCCAUUUACUUGACAAACAUAGAAACUAUUACAGAAUAAACAUAAUCGACGAACCAAUCGUAGCAUUCAGAUACGAGCGGUAUCGCAUAGUGGUAGCAACCUAUCUGGGCCGAACGAUCGCGGCCCGCGCCUUCAUUGUCUCACAGCAGUGGUGAAACUAGAUACAGGGUGCUUGGGCGCAGAAGGACGUGCUGAUAACAGAUUACAGCGUGUCACCAGUAUCAGUUGAUCCUCCGCCGCGGCAAGAGCUCCUCACCGCCCGCCUAUGCUCUUGGCGACAUCGCGACAUCUGACCGACUGUGCAUGCGACUAAACUAAUUGAAUCAAUUCAACGAAUGUCUUCCGUCGCUGAUUGCAGCUCCCUAGUGCCCUCUCCGUGUUAUAUUAGUGCACCGCGAGAUUCGACUCUAUCCGCAGUGUUAGUGUUGUGAAUAAGUGCUGGUGAUGUAAUAUACCACAAGGUGGAUACUUGGACCUGGAUAUAGUGUGAAUGUGUACUGAAAGCACAAUGAACAGAAUAUUUGAGAAAGUGUUUCUGGCGGCUCUGCUGUGUGUGUGCGGCACACAGGGCAAGGAGAUGACAGAGAUCGAGGCGUUGGGCGCGCAGCCCACACACUGCACCUACGAAUACGCCUUUGAAAUGUACGGCGCCCACUGCGCCAGCCGGCGUCUCAACAAGGUACCCAAUUUGAGGAGUGGUAUUGAGAUCCUGGACUUCAGUGACAACAAGCUGCAGGAGGUCAAUGCCGACACACUGUCUAGUUACACGAACAUAAAGUUCCUGUACCUCGCAGACAACCACAUCUACCUCAUAGAGGAGGACGCGCUCACGUCUCUCACAGACCUGCAGACGUUGGAUCUCGCCAACAACGUCAUACUAGAACUGCCUAACUCAAUAUUCCAACUACCGUCUCUAAGGAAACUGUACCUGAGAGGAAACCCAAUUUUCUACAAAAAUAUGAACGCCCUCACAAUAGUGAAGCCGAUUAAAGCGCCACUGGAGCUCUUGGAUAUAUCAGACUGCAAGAUAAGAGAACUACCGGAUUGGGGUUACCUGCCGCAGCUGGUGUUCUAUAACAUCUCACAUAAUCCACUCGCCUCUCUCAACACGCACCACUUCGCAUCCAUGUGCAACCUUAAUAAAGUAGACCUAACGGAAUCCUUAAAUAGCUUGAAGCUGUGCGGCACCAGAUCCACAAUCCUAUGGUUCCAACAGAAAAGAAUAUUUUUCCAAUUGGAAGACUACUCUAAACUCAAUACUAGAGAGUUCGAAAACUGUCCGGUACCAGAAGACGACGGAUCUCACAACGCCACCUUUCAUCGAUGUAAAGCAGAAUAUUUGCAGGUGCAAAGUAUAAGGACGUCGCGUCGCACGUGGCUGACGAUAGGCGGCGGGCUGGCGGGUUUCCUCGUCGGCUUCAUCCUACUGCUGUAUGUGAUGCACCGGCACAACGUGAAGCAGACCAAGACCAAGGCUGAGAAGAUGAAGCACGCUACUCCAGCCGACGCAGACAAGACCGCCAGUGCAGUCCUCCUUAGCGACGUCGCGUAGUUACUAGCACCGUCACGUAUUUAAAUUCUUGCCUGAUAAUACGGCAAUCAUUUCAAUGCCUAGUACGCAAUUCGUAUGACAGGCGUACAGAAGUUGCUUGAUAACAAAAUUGAAAUGUCGAGAUACGCCGGCCAUGAUUGCGAUUGACGAUUGUAAUACGUCCAAUCAUUUUAUUUAUAAAUGGUGAAUAUUCAGGGUAUUUAAGGAACCAAAGAAUAUUUGGCAAUAUUUUAAGUUAACACUUUACGUAUCUACAUAUAAAUUAACAUUGUGCUUUGUAUAUUUAAUGUGGUGCUUUAGCGACAUAUAUGUUGUGAAGAGUUAAAAUAGUAGGUAUAGGUAUUUGUAAUUCAACUAAGCACUAGUUUAGCCUAACAAGAAUAACUAGCCCUUAUAUCGAAGGCAACCGAAAAUGCUAGGUAGAAAUCCUAUGUAUUCUAGAUAAUUAAUAAGUUUAGGAAGAUGUUACAGUGGUUAGAUAAACUCCCAUUAUUUAGUAACAGAACUUUAGUAAAUAAAUUGAAAUGUAAAAACUGAACAACUCCAAAGCUAUGAAAGGCUGACUAGUUUUAAUAUUGUACCGUUUCAUUCACCUGGAGCCUGGAGGAUUUUCAUGCAGUUGUUAUAUCGUAUGUAGUGUCAUAGAUAUGUAUGUGAUACCUAUAGGUAUGUAUGUGAGAUGUAAGAAUUGUGAUUUUGCAUGCACAGGUGAUGAAAAUAUCUACAUACAUGAGUCUGAACACCUGUGCGACCGUGCAUGACAUUUAAUUUUAGCUUGGGUUUGAGAAUCAUGUAAAGAAACAAGUUUAAAUAUUAAUUUAAAUAUUUAAAGUUAGGGACUUAUUAUUUAUGAAUAUGUUCAAAAACGUUCCAACACAUCAAUCUACUCCGAUGUGUCAAUUUUUGUAAUUGGAUUAUCGACUUUAUGUCUAAACGAUAGAGUUGAAAAUCUAAUAAAGAAAUUUAACUGAAACUGAAAAGAGUUAAGCCCUGCUGCCCACUGUACAUUGCAGGCUAAUAAUGAGUGUUUGCUUCUAUCUUUUAUGUAGUACUAUCAAUUAAGUAGGUAUGCUUGAGUUUAUAUUUCAUAUUUGUGCGAUUUCAUUCACAUCUUGCUAAAUAUUUUUACAUUUAGAAUUCUCAAAAUAUUUUUAAAGAUAAUGUGUGAUAACGAGGGUAUUUGUAUAAAGUGUAUGUGAUGAGUAGAUGAGUUAUUAUGAAUUCAUAAAACGAUGUUUAGCAUUUCAUAAUCUCUACCUACCUCCAUGGGAAACAGGCGUGAGGUUAUGUAUGUAUGUAUGUAUGUAAAAAGGUGUCGAGGUAUAUAUGGUUUAUAUAUUUAUUAAUAUUGGUGUGUGUGUUGGUUGGUCUAAGUAAGAUUACACUCACAUUUAACAUUGCAAACACUAUUUCGAAGAACGUUUGAGUCUUAUAGUUUUGUUGUAUCUACAAUAAGGGGAAAGUACUGAAUACUCAUCUAAAAUAGUAACAAAAUAUAUAGAACUCUAUUGUCGUUAUAUCACAGAUUAUAAUAAUUAUAAUUAUUUUUAUAUUCCCUUACUAAUACCUUCAUAGAAUUAUAUGUACGCAAUUGUUUUUCUUAAGUCUUACAGGUUACUAUUGCUACCAAAGAUUUCACUGUUAGUAUAUUAACACACUGUAAUAUAAUUUGGCAUUUUUGUAAACAACUAUUAAAUUGUCUAUUUGUAAACUGUAAGUUAAAAUUCACUGUGAUAAGUAUUAAAAAUGUUACUAAUUA